AUGCCCCCAGCGCCCUACUGGUGUGAUUGCCUCCAAGGUAAUGAUCCAGCGGGAAGUGCAAGAGAGACGCCCAGGCGGCUUUCUCGAGAACAGAUUUUUGUACUGAUAUCGGCUGCUUCCAUGAACUUAGGUUCCAUGAUGUGCUAUUCCAUCCUUGGACCCUUUUUCCCCAAGGAGGCUGAAAAGAAGGGAGCCAGCAAUACUACCAUUGGGAUGAUCUUUGGAUGUUAUGCUUUGUUUCACUUGCUGACAUCGUUGGUAUUUGGAAAUUAUCUUGUACAUAUUGGAGCAAAAUUUAUGUUUGUAGCAGGAAUGUUUGUCUCAGGAGGAGUUACAAUUCUCUUUGGUAUAUUGGACCAAGUUCCAGAAGGACCAAUAUUUAUUGCUAUGUGUUUUCUAGUGAGAGUAAUGGAUGCAGUAAGUUUUGCCGCUGCCCUAACUGCAUCUUCUUCUAUCCUGGCAAAGGCUUUUCCAAAUAAUGUGGCUACAGUAUUGGGAAGUCUUGAGACAUUUUCUGGACUGGGACUAAUAUUGGGUCCUCCUGUAGGUGGCUUUUUAUAUCAGUCCUUUGGCUACGAGGUGCCUUUUAUUGUUCUGGGAUGCAUAGUGUUGCUGCUGGUACCACUCAACAUGUAUAUUUUACCCAAUUAUGGUAAGUCCACAAUUAUUACUUAUUUUAGGAAUCUUAAAUAUAUUCUUAGCCCUUUCUCUAAUACAGCAUUUCUUUUACAGUUUAAUUUACCAGCUGGAUAUGUGGGACUGGUAUUCCUGGGUCUGGCACUGUCCUACGCCAUUUCUUCACCACUGUUGGGUCUACUAAGUGACAAAAAGCCACAUCUAAGGAAAUGGUUUCUGGUGUUUGGAAACUUCAUCACAGCCGGAUGUUUCAUGCUUUUAGGACCUGUCCCCAUUUUGCACAUCAAAAGUCAGCUCUGGCUGCUGGUGCUGCUGUUAGUUAUAAAUGGCAUCUCUUCUGGAAUGAGUAUAAUUCCAACUUUCCCAGAAAUUCUCAGCUGUGCAUAUGAAAAUGGAUUUGAAGAGGGAUUAAGUACAUUGGGACUCGUAUCAGGUCUUUUUAGUGCAAUGUGGUCAGUUGGUGCUUUUGUAGGACCCGCACUGGGUGGAUUUCUGUAUGAGAAAAUUGGCUUUGAAUGGGCAGCGGCUAUACAAGGUCUGUGGGCUUUGAUAAGUGGAUUAGCUAUGGGGUUGUUUUACCUCUUGGAGCACUCAAGGAGAAAAAGAUCUAAUUCUCAAAACAUCCCCAGCACAGAGGAGGAACGAACUGCUCUCUUGCCAAAUGAGAACUAGCCUUGUGAAUCCUGGACUGAUACAGUGUUGGGAGGUGGAUGCUUCUGGCCUUGACCAUCACUGGUAGAAGGAUUUUUUUAAUUUUACGCACAGGACUCCUUGGAUCCUACACCGGUGUCUUGGAAGUGUCUUGACCCUGUGCUGAGCUGCACUUAACUGUUGUCCUGAAAAGCUGGGCUGCUGGACCAGCUAUAUUCAAAACAUUAAGUCUGAGAAGGGUAGUUGAAAAUCAGCAGAAGUUUGUGUUUUUAAGUGACUAAAGUUGUCCUUGAAGAUGUUAUUGUUGACUCUAACUCUCUUGUUUCCUCUGUUUACUUUUUAUUCUAAGCACAUGGAUUCUGUGAAUGUACUUUUUUAUUUACAGAAAUAAGUGAAUUGGUUUGAUAUACUCUAAAUAU